GUUAAUUUAUUAUCUACCCGUAAAUGUCAUCAGUUUGUGUUUGAAACAGUUUUUGUUUUUAAUUCUCGUCUCUAGUACAAAUAUCAUAUGGGUGUUUAAUUCAAACCAUUAAGAAAUUGCUCGAUUUUUUCUUUAUUUUGGAGUUGAAUUUAAAAAUAAGUUACCUUUUUUGCUAGUUUUGAGUUCAAAGUCGGUGGAAAAAUCUAUUUUUGGCGCAAGAUUAAUGCUAUACGAUUAAAAAGAACAACGGAAUUACUAAAACAAAAAAAUUUCUACGUACACACAUAAUUGUUAAUCAAACAUUUAUGUACACGCAUAAUGACGGACGAAUUGUUUUUUAAAUGCCGAGAAUUUAAGCCAAAAUAAAUGAGCUACCUAUUUUAAACCACUUGUUGUGUGUGACCUAAAAAAAGCAUUGGAAUAAACUCAAUGCACGAAUAUUUCAAUUUACACGUAACACAAUGAACGGAAAAGGUUGAUGGGAGAGUAUUUAAUGAGGUUCAUUUGCUUUCUACCUUCACUCGUUAUCAUCGAUCGCUAUCUCGUCCAACUCAAUCAAAUUUCCUCCUUCGGUUAGAAAGUGAAUUGUGUGUCUGUGUUUUUUUCCAUCGCUCUUAUUGUGUGAGCCAUUGAUCAAGUAUUACGAAAGAUAUUUAAAACAACAUCGUCGUCGUCAUCACGUCGAGAAUAACGAGAAGAAGACGCAAGCUGUAAAACGCACAAUUUGAAACCAAGAAGAAAAGAAACACAAGCGCAGAACAGUAGCAGAGAGAAGAUAAAGGAAGCAAACACGUCGCUGAGACAAUAAAAAAACGCAAAUCACCACACAAUGAGUUCGAAUUUGCGCCCGCUUAAAAUAACUACGGUCGGCGAUGGUAUGGUCGGCAAAACGUGCCUGCUCAUCACAUACACCCAAAAUGAAUUUCCUCAGGAAUAUGUUCCAACGGUGUUCGACAAUCACGCGUGCAACAUCACCGUUGACGGCAAAGAGUUUGCACUCACACUAUGGGACACAGCCGGGCAAGAGGACUAUGAACGAUUGCGGCCGCUAAGCUAUCCAAAUACGGAUUGUUUCUUGGUUUGCUAUUCGAUAUCCAGCAAAACAUCUUUCGACAAUGUGCUGUCAAAGUGGUACCCGGAAAUUCGGCACUUUUCACCAAGUGUUCCGAUCAUCCUUGUUGGUACAAAAAGUGAUCUACGCAUUCCACAUUCCGAGAAAUUCGUGACAUUGCACGAAGCAAAGAAGUUGAAGCAGAAAAUCAAGGCAUUUUCCCUGAUCGAGUGUUCAGCGAAAAAGAAACAAAACCUCGAAGAUGUAUUCCAUGAAGCCGUACGUGCCGUAGUGAAAAAGCCAAAUGUUAAACAACGUGCAUGCAUAAUACUCUAAAAUGUCGAUGCAGAAUAAAAAAAAACCGCACAGCAAACACACAAAACUAUCGAAUACAUGUACACUUUGUGCCGCUCUCACUCCUCAUGAUUCUUCUUUUUUUUUCUCAACAAAAAAAAACACACAUGGAUUGAAAUGCAUGGACAUUUCUCAAACAAAUUACUACUACAAGAAAAGUCAUCGCAUAUGUUAAUUCAUCCAUUCCCUCGCCGGUACGAAACAAUGAAAAAAAAUAUCAGUACCAACAACAAUAAUGACUCUCAUAUAUACUUAACGUAUCUUUUUCUCGAUUUUUUUUCUUCUGUUGUUGUUGUCGUUAUGAAGUCCAAAUAGAAUAAAGACCAUUACAAUGGCAACAAAAGGCAUCGAAUGCGUGGCAUUUAUGCAAAGAGAGAAUUUGAAAAAGGAUCCGAAAUAUUUCAUUCACAUGUAAAUAAUUCCAUUCUGGCAUCCACUUGAUAUUUGUUCGUUUCAAUUUAUGAGCGAACAACCCAAAAAGAACGAAAAACAAAACAGAUGUGGCAAAUAAAUCAUAUGCUCCGAACUUUAGAAUGCUCAACAUGAGCUGCUCGCAAAAAAUGUAUUGAACAUAGCCUGUUCAUGUGAACUGAAAAUGAUCCAGCUCCUCAUUGCAAGACAUAUUCAUUCAAACACAUUUUCUACAAAUGAUUUUUAAAAAACAGACCAAAUCAUUUCCCGAUUGAAGUAAGGCGUUUCAUACUAUUUCCAUUUCAAAUCGAUUUUCUUCCUCUAAAAUUUCGUUGAAUCGAUUGUAAUUGUGCAGGUAUCAUACUGAGGUCAAUCUAAAAAAAACUAUAUUUAGAUAAACACUUAUUUUGUAGAAGUAUAAGCCGAUUAUACGGGCUAAUGUGAAAUAUAAAUCAAUAUUUUAUUCAAUAUUUUUUUUUGUACAUCAUUUAAUUGUAAAAUCACCCAGUCAUUUUUGAUAAAAAUGUAUUUUGCGUGUAAGAUUUUAAGUAGAAGAUCCAGAUCAAAGAAAAACCAACCAACCAACCAACCAUUUAUAUUUUGUAUUAAGUAAAUGUUUUCAUUAAAACGAUGAGACCAUAAAA